GGGGCGGAACACGAGCUCCGAAAAGACACAAAAUGUUGGGCAACUGGACCACCAUACAUGACUCUCUGUCCUAUUCCGAAUAAACAACGCGAAGACGUUAUAUUUCACGUUUGAUAUUCUAGUAUUAUGCGAUAGAAUAUAUAUAUAUAUAUAUAAUACAUAUAUUAAUCGAAUAGAGUUUGUUACUUCAGGAUUGUCUUAAGUGCCAGAGAGAACAGAGGAUAUGAAGCCAUGAAGAAAAUGUUUUGAAAAUUGAGCAUAUCAAUUAUUCACAAGUUUUGUGUGGCGGUCGAUGCGGCGCUGCGCAGACCCAUCAACCUAUGACAUCGAAUUACCGCGAGAGCGAUUGAAAAGCAGUAGUGGACUCUCGCGAUACAGACUAACACUCAUCCGGAUGGACUUUUACGCCUUUAAAGGAUCGAAAUUCAUAUCUGAAGAACUAUGGCAUACCAGAUCCAGUUAUCAGGUGUUUCAAUUCCAGUAGUUUCCAGAAAAACAGACCCGCUAAUACAAUGCAUCAUAGACAACAAGUUACAGAGAUUAAAAAAACGUAUCAGAGGAAAGGACAUCAAUGGGCUUUACCCUUCUGGAGUCUGGAAUGAUGAUGUCACACUGUUAACAGCAGCAGUUAUAUGCAGGAAUGAAGAAAUCUGCUCAUAUCUUAUUAAAGAAUCUGCUGAUCCUAACAAACACUCAACAAAUGGACAUGCUCCACUACACUAUGCUGGUUUUACACCUGGAGUUCCACUGAGUAUCGUGAAAAGAUUACUUGCAGCAAAAGCUAACACAGAAGGACAUGAUAGUCAGAUUUUCACUCCAUUGCAGUUUGCUGUUGAUUACAACCGUGAUGAAAUUGUAAAAGCACUCCUGGAGGCUGGUGCUUCACCUAAAAGUAACUAAGGAAGAAAUCAAGCGCUUGACAAAAAAAUGGAUGAUAUAAUUCAUCGACUUUCCUCACAGAAUGAAGAUUUGGAGAAAGUACAGAUAUUUUUCUCUUUCUCUUGUGCUGUUCCAAAGAAACACCAGACAGAGGUUUUCAGCAUCUAUAAGGCACAUUUCCUUAAAGAGAAUCCUUUUACUCAUACACUUCUGUUUGAGGAGUACUUUAGUGUUAUUGGUGCAGGUGCAGAACAAUAUCAGCAGAGUGCCAUCAAGUGGUUAAAAGAUACAAAGAGCUCAGACAAAUACAUUGAGGACGUCAUCAAGCGCUUUCCAAGAAUUUCUAAGAUGCAUUAUUUAGCAAUUGCAUUUAAUUGCUUAAAUGCAGUCUUGCGUGUCAGUGAAAGGAUUUCUCCUCAAAUAUUCAAUGACCUUGUGCCAAUUCUAACAAACAGUGUCCAGCCUUGUGGAAAUGCAGAGGGAGACAGAGUCAAUCAAUUUAUACUAACAGUACUUGAUGUCAUGAUGCAAAAAAACCAAAAGCAAAAACUAAAUAUAAGUCAUUCUGUAUAUGAAAAUGUAUGCAACAGUUUAAUGCCUCCUACAAAAGCUAAUUCAAUUCAAAUUAGUCUUUCGACCUAUAGAGUGUUUGCUCAGGUGAAUGACUUUGCUCCAGAAGUUGUUGUAAAGUGUGGAUUGUCCUCAAUACCAGAGAGGAUACUAAAUACUGCAGAAAUGACACUGGAUGAAACCAUGAAAGAAAAACUUCAAAAACUCAACACAUCACUUGAAGAUCCAGCAAGUUUAAGUGCAGUGGAUAGACAAUGUGAGGAAAACGCAGUUUCCUAUUCAACAAGAAAACAGAUGAAGAAGAAACAGCAAGAGUUGGAGUCAAUGAAAGGAGAUCGGCAAGAACCAAUGACUCCUAUCAAGGAGACGAAUUCAAGUGUGCAGCCCAUCGCACCGCCUGUUGAGAAUUCACAAGUAGAAAGACGGUGGCAUCCGAUCAGUCGUCGCUGGAACAAAAAUUUUCAAAAACUUUCUAAAAUUGAUGUUAACAAAAGCUAUAGAAUACAAAGCUUUACUCUUUUACUUAGUGAUGAAUUUAAGAUCGCUAAAGGAAGUGAUGGAACACAAGUUUUUCUCGGUCUAAGAGAUGAUGGCACAGAGGUGGCAGUGAAACGAAUGCUUAAGUCCAACUACCAGGAUCUCAAGAAUGAGGAGACAUUUUUAAGACUUCCAGAACUUGAUGAUCCUUCUAUUGUGCGCUAUAUUGACUUUGCAGAAGAUGACCACUUUGGAUACCUUAUUCUUCAGCUUUGUGAGUACACACUUGAAGAAUUCAUCCAAGAUCACUUACCAGCCGAUAGCUCUCAGAGGACUUGUGUUUUAAAAGAACUUGUGAGGGAAGUGCUCUGCAGUCUACAAGUUCUACACGGCCAACAAACUAAAGUACUUCAUCGGGACAUCAAACCCCAGAACGUUCUGAUCGACAUAAGAGGGAAAGCUAGACUGGCUGAUUUUGGCAUAAGUCGUAGACUGAAACCGAGUGAAACCACUUUACGAACAAGCACCGCUGGAACUAAAUGCUGGAAGGCAAAAGAAGCAAUAGAUGAAGAAAGCAACAGUGGCUACAAAAGAUGUUCUGACAUUCAGGUUGCUUGGAUGUUAGUGUACUACAUUCUCUCUAGAGGGCAUCAUCCUUUCAGCAAAGGUGCUGCCUGCGAGUACAACAUUCUGCAGGGAAAAUACACACUAGAACACCUGGAGGAUGAUGUAGCGAAGGAUCUUGUGGAGUUGAUGAUCAAUGAUGAUCCAGUAAAGAGACCAACUGUGGAGAAGACACUUGCACACCCCUUCUUCUGGAAUGAUGAAAGGAAAGUGGAUUAUGUGAAAAGAUUGGGAAAUCAGACAGAGGCAGAGAAUUGUCGCAAAGUUGACGAGGAGCUGCUUCGUGCCAUUGAAAAAUGCACAGAGGGGAAAACCUUUUCUGAAUGGAGAAAUAAAUUUGGCCCUGAGCUCGUCCAGAAACUGGAUGAAAAGAAGAAAGCUUAUCCUGAGAAUACCCUUGGCCUGCUGCGUUUUGUACGCAACCUGCACGAACAUUACUCAGAGGAUGCAGCGAACAUCAACCUAAUGGCUUUAUUCCCUGAUCUCUUUGGGAGUGUGUACAAGUUUGCAAAGGAAAGCGGAUGGCACUCCAGGCCGAGUCUGAAAAGGUUCAUGAACUCAGCACCAUAGAUUUUACUUUAAUUCUG